AAAGUCUAGAAGGUGGAUCCAGUUAAAGUCAAACAAAUAAGAGGCGGGCCGGAUGGGGGGCUCUUUUCUCAUGAGUGAUUGGAUAACGUUAUUCAAAAACAAGCCUCCCAAAACAGAAGACGAUGAAGAUGCCUCUCAAGUAGGUGUUAACAAGGCCAGCAAAGGAGGUAUCAUCUAUGGAGACUAUCUGCAGCUUGAUAAGAUAGUCUCAGCCCAGGUCCUGCAGAGUGAAGUACAAGGUAACAAGAUCCAUGAUGAGCACCUCUUCAUCGUCACACAUCAAGCCUAUGAGCUGUGGUUCAAACAGAUUUUGUUUGAGCUUGAUUCAGUGCGAGAUAUCUUCAUCAGCGGACAUGUCCGUGAUGAGCGCAAUAUGCUUAAGGUCAACACUCGCAUCCACAGGAUUGUUAUGAUCUUCAGGCUGCUGGUCGACCAGUUUGCUGUUUUGGAAACAAUGACAGCCUUGGACUUUUUUGACUUUAGGGAGUACUUGUCUCCGGCCUCUGGCUUCCAAAGUCUUCAAUUUCGUCUCUUGGAGAAUAAAAUCGGGGUGCCGGACAACCUGAGGGUGCCAUACAACAGACGUCAUUACAGGGACAAUUUUAAAGGCCAUGAGAGUGAGAUGCUGCUUGCUACUGAACAGGAACCAACACUCUUAAAACUAGUCGAGGAGUGGCUGGAGAGAACUCCUGGCUUGGAGGCGGAUGGGUUCAAUUUCUGGGAAAGGCUGGAAAUCAAUAUAUUCGAUGGUUUGAAUCAGGAGAAAGAAAAAAUUGAGAAAAUGCCAGAUGGCGAAGAGAAGGAAGAGCUGAUGGCUGAGCUGGUCAAACAGAAAGAAGUCUUCACUUCACUGUUUGAUGAAAAGCGACAUGAUCAUCUUGUGAGCAAAGGUGAGAGGCGGCUUUCUUACAAGGCUCUGCAAGGUGCUCUGAUGAUUUACUUCUACAGGGAAGAGCCAAGGUUCCAGGUCCCUUUCCAGCUGCUCACCUCCCUCAUGGAUAUUGACACUCUUAUGACAAAAUGGAGAUACAAUCAUGUAUGCAUGGUGCACCGUAUGAUUGGCAGCAAAGCCGGCACAGGGGGCUCAUCUGGCUACCACUACCUGAGAUCGACUGUCAGUGAUCGCUACAAAGUGUUUGUGGAUCUGUUCAACCUGGCUACAUUCCUUGUGCCUCGCCACUGGGUGCCGAAGCUGAAUCCCAACGUUCACACAUUCCUCUACAUGGCCGAGUGCUGCGAUAGCUCCUACUGCAGCAGUGAAGACUCAGACUAGGGCGAAUCUCAGUCAUGGAGUCCUGUCUUUGGACCACAAAGCCACAUAUACU